ACGCCCACCCGGGCUCCCGCCUCCUUCCGGCGCAGGCCCGGCUCUGGGUCGGCUUCCGGCCUUUGGCUUCCGGCUUCCGGCGGGGCGUGCGGCUUCCGGCGUCAUGGCGGCCUGAGCCCGGCGGCGGCGGCGGCGACGCGCGGUGGGCCUCUCCCUGCGGAGCGGCCGGUGGCUGCGAUGUGACCCGCGGGCGCGGCCGGCUGCCGGGCUUCGCGUCAGCGCCGCGUCGCCCUGCGUCCGCGCGGAUGGCGGGGUCCGGGUGCGCGUGGGGCGCCGAGCCGCCGCGCUUCCUGGAGGCCUUCGGGCGGCUGUGGCAGGUGCAGAGCCGCCUGGGCAGCGGGUCGUCGGCGUCGGUGUACCGGGUGCGCUGCUGCGGCACCCCCGGCUCGCCCCCCGGCGCGCUCAAGCAGUUCCUGCCGCCCGGCGCCUCCGGGGCCGCCGCCUCGGCCGCCGAGUACGGCUUCCGCAAGGAGCGCGCGGCGCUGGAGCAGCUGCAGGGCCACCGCAACAUCGUGACCCUGUACGGGGUGUUCACCAUCCACUUCUCCCCGAACGUGCCGUCCCGCUGCCUGCUGCUGGAGCUGCUGGACGUCAGCGUGUCGGAGCUGCUGCUGUGCGCCAGCCCCCAGGGCUGCUCCCUGUGGGCCAUCCAGCACUGCGCCCGGGACGUGCUGGAGGCCCUGGCCUUCCUGCACCGCGAGGGCUACGUCCACGCUGACCUCAAGCCGCGGAACAUCCUCUGGAGCGCGGAGAGCGAGUGUUUCAAGCUCAUCGACUUUGGCCUGAGCUUCAAGGAGGGCAACCAGGACGUGAAGUACAUCCAGACGGACGGGUACCGGGCCCCGGAGGCAGAGCUGCAGAACUGCCUGGCCCAGGCCGGCCUGCAGAGCGACACGGAGUGCACCUCGGCUGUGGACCUGUGGAGCCUCGGGGUCAUCCUGCUGGAGAUGUUCUCGGGGACGAAGCUGAAGCACACGGUCAGGUCUCAGGAGUGGAAGGCCAACAGCUCCGCCAUCAUCGACCACAUGUUCGCCAGUAAGGCCGUGGUGAACGCCGCCAUCCCCGCCUACCACCUCCGGGACCUCAUUAAAAGCAUGCUCCACGACGACCCGCGCCGGCGAGUGCCCGCCGAGGCCGCGCUCUGCAGCCCGUUCUUCAGCGUCCCGUUCGCCCCUCACAUCGAAGACCUGGUGAUGCUCCCCACCCCGGUGCUGAGGCUGCUCAACGUGCUGGACGGCGACUACCUGGAGAGCGAGGAGGGCUACGAAGACGCCGUGGAGGACGUGCGCGAGGAGUGCCAGAAGUUCGGGCCCGUGGUGUCCCUGCUGGUCCCCAAGGAGAGCCCUGGCCGCGGGCAGGUCUUCGUCGAGUACGCGAACGCCGGCGCCUCCAAGGCGGCCCAGAAGCUGCUGACGGGCCGGACGUUCGACGGGAAGUUCGUGGUGGCGACCUUCUACCCACUGAGCGCCUACCGGCGCGGCCACCUCUACCAGACCCUGCUCUGAGCGCCGCCCCUCUCCGCCUCCCGCGUCCCCGUGUGCGCGUCCUCUCCCGAGGGCAGCAGCUCCCCUCGCCGGGGGCGGGGGGGCGGGGGGCUCCUUUGUACAUUUGUGUCACCUGCGCAGGUGCGGGCGCCGGGCGGGGCCCGGCUGCCGUCCCGGGGGUCCCUUGCUGUGGGUGGGGGGGGUGCGAGGGGGCUCCCCCGUGU